AUGACCUCUCACAAGGAUCAUGAGAGGCUGACAUUCCAGGAGACAGACGAGGCUGGAAAUCCGACUGCAACCUACGUCUACUCGGGAGAUGUCACUUCUUCGAUUACUUCCUCAACGGCUGGGCGAGUAGAUCUAAUCAGCUCCUCUUCAUCUACCUCAUGGUCAGGCAAGCUCCUAGUCAGCUCGCUGAGUGAUGUUUUUCUUCCUUCUGGGUACCCCCUAAGUGUCAGCGAUGACUAUCUCCCAUAUCAAAUCUUUGACUCCCUCCAAGCCUUCUGCAGCUCAAUAGCAGGCCUCCUCUCCUCCAGAGCCGUCCUCCAAGGAGUCGGCGUCGGCAACGCCAACGCCUCUCCAACAUCUGCACUGCUCUUACACAUCCUGCAAGAUAUAUCAGGCCGCAUUGCAACGAUCUGCUUCGCCCACCGCGUCGGCACAGCCCUCGAGCCAGAAUGCAAAACCUACCGACUAGCAGCUGACGUCUUUAACGAUAUCGCCAUGAUCCUCGACUGUCUCUCGCCGGGUGUUCCCGCCGGACCGCCGAGGGUAAUUAUCCUCAGCACUGCCGGUGUCCUCCGGGCUCUCUGUGGCGUAGCCGGUGGUAGCUCGAAGGCGAGCUUGAGUGCUCAUUUUGCUAAAUGGGGGAAUCUGGCGGAACUUAAUGCCAAAGACUCAUCUCAGGAGACCGUCAUUUCUCUUUUCGGCAUGCUGGUCGGAUCCGUAGUAAUCUCCCACAUAACCAGCUUCACCACAACCUGGCUCCUCCUUCUCCUCCUCCUAUCCCUCCAUCUAAGCAUGAACUAUGCGGCCGUCCGCGCCGUCCAAAUGACAAGUCUAAACCGCCAACGCGCAAACAUCGCCUUCUCAGCCCUCCUAGACUCAGACAAGAGUCUAGCACUAGCACUCGAUCUCGAUAUCACCCCUGCCCCUACUCAUACAUCCACCAAACCCAAAUGGACAAUCCUCACUCCGGCACAGGUAUCAAAACACGAACGUAUCUUCCACCGAGACGGCGCGUUACAGUGGACACAGCAUUCAGACACAGAUAUAAUAACCCACCAUCUCGGAUCUGCACAGAUAGGCGUGUCGAUUUCUACGUUCCUCGGUUCCGUGUCUAGUAAAUCAUUCAAACAUACCCUCCCGCUCCAGCGUCUUGCGACUGUUUUCUCGGAUGAAUUGUAUAUCUUGUUUCUGGUCCCGAAUGAAACCGGCGGUGAUGUUAAAUGGGAUGCAUCGAUUCUUCUGAAACGGGGUUGUGGUGUUGGGCACCAGUUGAAGGGGUGGGUUCAUGCUUUAUUGGCAGCGAGGGUUUUGGGGAGGAUUACGAUUGGUUCUUCUGUUGAUGUUGUUCUUGCUGUCGUUGAGGGGACGCUUGCUUUGUUGAAUAGUGAGGCGAGGUUUGAGAGAUAUUUGAUUGAGUUGAGGGGUGUUGGGUGGGAUGUUGAUAUUGCUGCUUUGGAGACGAGGGGUGGGAGGAGGAUUGAUAUAUGA